AUGAUGGAGAUGCUUGAAUACAGCCACUAUCAGGUGCAGUCCCACCUGGAUAAUCCCAGCAAGUACCACAUCCAGCAGGCCCAGAGGCAGCAGGUGAGACAGUAUCUGUCCACCACCCUGGGUGGUAAAGUCGGCAACCAGUGUCCCAGCCAGCCCCCUGAGCACGGCAUGCCGCCUGGACCCGGCAGCAGCGCCCCCAACAGUCCCAUGGCCCUGCUCACCCUCAGCUCCAGCUGUGAAAAAGAAAUGGAUGAUGUCAUCGAUGAUAUUAUUAGCUUGGAGUCAAGUUACAAUGAAGACGUUCUUGGACUGAUGGACCCAGGACUCCAAAUCAACAACCAGCUCCCUGUGUCUGGCAACCUUCUUGAUAUUUAUGGUAAUCAAGGACUUCCACUCUCGGGCCUCGCCAUCAGCAACUCCUGUCAACCCAGCAUUAAAAGGGAAUACUCAGUCAAUAAUUUGCCAAUAAUUACUCCAGUUCCUGGCAUGAAGCAAGUACUGGACAAGUCUGGAUCCUGUAGCCAGUAUGAAAACUACCAAAGGCAAGAGGGCUUUCCAGUAGAGGCUGAGGUUCGUGCUAUGGCUAAAGAGAGACAAAAGAAAGACAACCACAAUUUAAUUGAACGAAGACGGAGAUUCAACAUCAACGAUCGCAUCAAGGAGCUGGGAACUUUAAUCCCCAAGUCAAAUGACCCAGACAUGCGCUGGAAUAAGGGCACCAUUCUGAAAGCCUCGGUGGACUACAUCAGGAAGCUGCAGCGGGAGCAGCAGAGAGCCAAGGAGCUGGAGUGCAGACAGAGGAAGGUGGAGCACGCAAACCGUCACCUGAUGCUGCGUAUACAGGAGUUGGAGAUCCAGGCCCGCGCUCAUGGUCUUACAGUGGUGUCAUCCCCAUCUGUCUGCACGUCAGAGUUAUUGGCCCGAGCCAUUAAACAGGAGCCCGUCCUUGGCGACUGCCCCUCAGACCUCUACCAGAACAGCUCGGACCCCGACAUGUCCCCUCCAACCACACUGGACCUGAACAAUGGCACCAUCACCUUUGACCAGAUCCCUUCAGACGGUGGGGACCCCGGCCCCUAUGGAAACUCCAGGACCUGUAAAAUGAAGGAGUUGGUGAGAGACAGCCUCUCGUCGUUUUCCUCGAGUGAUCCCCUGAUGUCCUCUAUGUCCCCAGACGGCUCCGACAACGGCAGCAGCCACCACAGUUCCAGCUCCAGUAUGGAGGAGAAGGAGCACAGCUGUUAG